GCGGCAUAGCACUACCCACUCACUAGUCAUCGAAACAUUUGCACACACUGAACUGAGCAUUUAAUAUUGCAGAUCUUUCGCACCAAUCUCGACGUUUUGUGUAACUUCUUGACUCAUUGUGAUUGAUGGUUGUAGGUGUCUAGUCACAAAGCAAACUGUGUGUUCAGACACGUAUAAUACCAGCCUUCUUCAUCAUCACGUUUUUGUCGUCUACCGGCACCGAAUUCUCUUCGAACUUCUGCAACAGUUUUAACCUGUAGUCACCAUGGCCACCACAGCGAAUGGAAUGCCAAUGUAUACUUACAGCGAGCUGGAGGGUUUUGCCAAAGUAAUUCAGGACCGGUCUGAACACAAGCCCAGUGUGGGAAUCAUUUGUGGUACCGGCCUUGGUGGACUGGCGGAUGUCCUUGAGCACAAAACGGUCAUACCAUACAGUGACAUUCCUCACUUCCCAGUCAGUACAGUCAAGGGCCACCAUGGCCAGUUUGUCCUGGGUAAAAUGAAGGGGAAAACAGUCAUCUGUAUGCAGGGACGCUUUCAUCUCUAUGAAGGAUAUCCAGCAUGGAAGAUUGCCAGUCCAGUUCGUGUGAUGAGCUUGCUUGGAGUCAAGACACUUUUCAUCACAAACGCUGCCGGUGGCAUGAACAAGAAUUACAACGUUGGUGACGUCAUGAUCAUAAAAGAUCACCUGUUUUUCCCAGGAUUGGCUGGGAUGAAUCCCCUCGUUGGACCCAAUAUGUCACAAUUUGGUGAGCGAUUCAUCAGCACUUCGCAUUUGUAUGAUGCCGGACUGCGAAAACUGGCCCGAGAUAUUGCAAAGGAAAUUGGCUGUUCAGACUUCGUUCAAGAGGGAGUGUAUGCGAUGGUUGGUGGGCCAUCCUUUGAAUCACCAGCUGAACUCAGACUUCUCAAUUUAACCUGUGAUGUUGUGGGUAUGAGCACAUGCCCUGAGGCAAUCACCGCCAAGCACUGUGGGAUGCGCGUCUUUGGUAUGUCUCUGGUCACCAACAAGUGUCUGAUGGACGUUGACUUGACAGAGGAAGAUGCCCCAAAUCACGUAGAAGUCUUGGAGACGGGAAAGCUGAGAGAGGAGAUUUUGCAGGAGUUGGUCACCAAAGUGGUGGAAAAGAUGGACAACUACUGAUGAGGAGAGAGAGAGAAUACGACAGUGAGAUAAAGUCAGUCGUUAUGGGGAUAGAUAACCAUAGAUACAUGUACAUGUGGCUAUUUUGAAAAAAAAGUGGACCAUUAUUUUUCUGAGCUAUUAAAGUUUGUAAUGCAGUGGUGUGUCCUUACCACCCUGAAAAAUAAUUACUACAAUGAAGAUUUAAAAGUGACAUAUUCAAAUCAAAUUCAAUAAUUAAAGAAUGUAUUAUUUUUGUUUUUACAGAUAUAUACAAUACCCAAGUGUGAUAAAAAAAAUUGUUAUAGACUUGAGUUUUAAUAAUGAUAAUAAUAAUCGGCAUUUAAGAACACUCUUAUUAGUAAACCAAAUCACAGCGCUUACAGUAUUAUUAUUACCCCUGAUCAUUGGGCCAAUUAAACGUUCCAAAUACCAUCUCAGCUCCCUGGGGAGUAUACAGCUCGAUGCUGUCUGUUAGGCGCAAGCAAGCUAAUUCAAUCACAAUAACCAUCUCUGCCCUCACAGGUACCCAUUUACUCCUGGGUGGAGAGAAGCAGUGAGUUUUACAUGUAUAAUGAGGUGUUACUCGCCCUUAUUUCUUAUUUUGUUUGCUUGAAUGCAUGCAUACUUGAUAUUUUUAGUUUACUGGAUGAACAUUCAACUCUGAUAGAUACAUUCUGAUGUAGUAGGUAUUACUCUGAAUUCAGCAUUAUUAAAUUUAUAGCUUAAAGCACAUUUGAAGAGAAACUUGAUUAUGGCAGAGAAAAAAAAACAUUUGUCAUUAAGCAGGAAGAUCACAAGUUGCUUUUGAGCUGCCAUACAUAUAAACCAGACAAAAAAAAGCAUAUGGCACUAGACGAAUAAUGUGAGAAAAACAAACACUUUGCAAAAAAAGGGAGAACAUUGACACAACAUACCCCCAUGCAGUACAAGAUCAAAACAUGGAAAUAUAGAAAUGGAGUGCAAUGGAGACAUAUUUUAAGUUCCCACAAGUUUAUGAACUUAAUUGUUUUGUUUUUCAGGGAAAGUUUGUUUUUCAGGGAAAGCUUCCAUCUAUUUUUGAUAUAAAAUCAGGAAAAACAUAGCAUUUGUUCAUUGGAAGUGAUUAAAAAAAUUAAGAUGACAGCCCAAGGUAUUGUGUUACAGUAACAGUUUAGUCGAAAAAAAUGUUGACGGGAAUAAACAAUUGAGCAACAAUAAACAAAAGAGCAAUUUUUGUGCAAUGUAUUUUGAAUGUUGGGGGCUUUUUUCAACCUACCUUUCCCCAAGUCUGUACUCCAGAAUGUGUCCAAUAAUCUUCUUUUCGGUCUCUGAGUUUCAGUAAUCCUAAAAUUGUAAAUAACAAUUUAACAUUCAAGACUUUUAGGAACAGUGUACAGCUGAAUAGGCUACUAAAUGACACUAUUUGAAAUAUCUUCCAGGAAAUAUGUAGGUUGUCCAUUGUCAAAAUACUCAUGAUCCCAUGCCUUGUCAUCUGGUUUGAAUGGACCGAUCCAGUAAGCACUGCCCCAUGGUAUUCUGACCAAUCACAGCCGUGAUUUAUGUCCGACAUGCGUGCACGCGCGUAUGAUGCGCGCGGCAGGAAAAUGCAGUGCGUGUGGCAUUGGAGAGGAGCAUGUGUUAAUUUGCCCACGUGCGCAGUGGGCGGGGCUUACUGGAUCAGUCCAUUCGUAAUGGUGAAUGACUUUCCUUGAAGUGGUAGUCAUAGUACAUAUAAUCAUGGCGAUCUACUUUGAAAUGUACCUCAUAAGCAUUUUGGUGUGAGCUAAUGUAACUUUGGAAAGUACAUUGAAUAUAUAUUUAUUUUUGCUGUGUAUUAAUGGCCUGUUAACUUUGAAAACAAGUUUGUUGCUUUUUCUUUUCACUCUGUACAGAAGUUAAAGAUUUGCCUCCAUAUUAUAGGUGGUGCAUAUCAUUGUAACAAAUUACACAUUUGAAAUUGUAAUUUUCUUCAACCUAUGUUUUCAAUCCCAGAAAUUUUGUGUAUAGUUUUUCUUUCCACAGAUUUGUUUAUUGUCUUGUUAUCUAUUCUAUGAGCGGUAGACAUGGUUUGGAUGGUAUCUCUGUGUAGCACUCUUCUAAUUUUACACUGUAACAUUUGUCUAAUUUCCUACAGAGAAAUAUUGUAUAUUUUGUUUAAUCUGGCUUUUGGAUGUGGUCAUUUUUUUAAAUUUAGUGUAUGCACUCAAUAUGAUUAAAAAGUGAGUUGUUUUUAGCAUAUGGGUAGCCUUUUAACUGUGGUUGAAGCAGUAGUUGCAAAGGAAAGUAAGUCCCCUAACUUCCAUCUUGUUGUAAUUCAUUCAAGUGCCUCCAAAUUCCCUGUCACCUAUCAGUAUUCCUGAUAGGCACUGCAUGUUACCGCCUGUCAGGAGCACACACUUAGUUGUGUUAUUUACUUGUGUUUGUGUUAUAGUGGCUUACUAGUUGAAAUGAUUUGAAGUUAGCCUCCAUGUACACGCUAAUAUUAUGCAUGAUGUGUCACAAGCAAGUUUUUGAAAUUUGCGGGGCUUCUGACAAAUGUUGUCCUUGAGACCGUCUUAAUUAAGAAUUUUUUUUUUAUCGAGGCUCUUCAACUGAUGUCCACGUAAUUGGCAUGCUUAUACACGUAGUCAUUUCUGGGUUCACCAUCUAUGAUAGGCAUGCAUAUUUACUUAUAUGACUGUGACUCUAGAUGGUUACACCCCUAUGUUCCAACACCCCUAUGUUCCGACUGCACAUAUUCCUAUUCCUAACCCUAACCCUAACCCUAACCCUAACCCUAAACCGGGAGUACACAGUCUUAUGUGCGGGUUGUCGGAACUUAGUUGUGUCGGAACAUAGAGCAGUCACCCUCUAGAUAUGUCACAAUUUUAUUUUCUGAUGGAUUGAAACCUACACUCUUGGAAACUUUCAGGUACAAAACACAGCGCUUCCAUUCUGCAUGGCUGAAACCAAGAUAAAUUCCCUCAAAAUCAGUGAAAAAAGUUUUCAUUUGAGAAAAACAAAAUCACACUACCAUCAUGUGACUUGGGCAUUUAUCAGAGGUUUUGGGUGUGUGUGUGUGAUGAAAAUUAGGGGAUUUCCUUUUGCUUUCCUUAGUAACAAAAUAUUAAACCGAAUUUAAGCAAAAUGUAAUCAAAAUGUAAUCAAUUUUUUUUAUGUUACAUAAGAGCGUUUCUGUAAAGAUAACUGCGAAAUGAUGAAAGAAGUUGUACAGAUUGGAUUUUGAACUCACUUUACCAUUGUGAAAGGGAACAAUAUGAAGUAAUAUCAAUUCAUAUUUGUAUAUACUUAAAAUAAACACUGGCAGGCUAAAUAAUGCAUCAAAUACAAAUUUGCAAGUAUUAUUAUGUAAAAUACACAUUUUUACAUAAGCAAAAUAGACAUUUUAUUUGUUUUGGGGGGGGGGGGGGAUCGGCUGUGAGGAGUAACACAAUUGCAAAGUGCAGCAAUGUGGCCAGCACUUUCUUAUUUUUUAGUCAAUAUAGAGGGCGUUAUCAGUUGAGUGAGUUGACCACGCCGCGUGUGAUAUAAGUUUGAGCAUGUUUAGGGUUUGAGCAAUUUAACCAUUUCCUAUAGAAAUUGUCCCAAAUGGUUCUAUUUUUGAAUUUUAUCUGAAGAAUAAAAGCUGUUGUGUAUUCUGCAUUGCA